AUGGAGCAGGGAGGCUGGUGGCGGUGGCUGCUGCUGCUGGUGGGCAUCCAGCUGGCUAGUGGCCAGUGCCCAGAGCAGUGCCAGUGCGUCCGGACUGCACAGGUGGAGUGCUCCGGCGCCAGCAUCACCGUGGUCCCCAGCCCCAUCCCCACAAACGCCAUGACCCUCCAGAUCAUCAACACGCGUAUCGCCGAGCUGGGCGACGCGUCCUUUGGCAACGCCUCCCUGCUGAUCGGGCUGCGCAUCGAGAAGAACAGCCUGUCGCGCAUCAGCCCCGGGGCUUUCCAGCACCUGCCCGACCUGCGCUACCUCAGCCUGGCCAGCAACAAGCUGCAGGAGCUCCCUGUGCAGGUCUUUGAGCCCCUGGACAAGCUGGAGUCACUGCUUCUCUCCAGCAACCAGAUCCUCCAGGUUGAGCCUUCUCACUUUGCCCACCUGAGCAACCUCAAGGAGCUGCAGCUGCACGGGAACAACCUGCAGCAGCUGAAGGAGGGGGUUUUCGACCAGCUCACCAGCCUCACCAAGCUCAACCUGGCCAGGAACAACAUCGACCGCCUGCCGCCCCGGGCCUUCGAGCGGCUGGCGCGGCUGCAGGUGCUGCGGCUCUAUGAGAACCGGCUCCGGCAGAUCCCAGCGGGUGCCUUCGACGGGCUGCCAGAGCUGCAGGAGCUGGGGCUGCACCAGAACCAGCUGGAGACGCUGUCCCCGGACCUCUUCAUGCACAACGGGAACCUGCAGAAGCUCUACCUGUCCAACAACCUCCUCACCACACUGCCGAGCGGCAUCUUCUUGCCCCUGCGCGCCCUCGCCAAGAUCACCCUGCAUGUUAACCGCCUGCGGGACAUCUCUCCUGGCGCCUUUGGGCCCAUGCCUGACCUGCGGGAGCUGUGGCUCUACGAGAAUGAGCUUUCCACCCUCCCUGCCGCUGUCUUCAGCAACCUCACCCAGCUGCAGCUCCUGGUCCUCAGCAAGAACAGACUGUGCUCGGUGGCCCCGGGGGCUUUCAGGGGCUUGGGAGAGCUGCUGGAGCUGUCGCUGCACUCCAACGCCCUGCGCCACCUGGAUGCCCAAGCGCUGGAGGGGCUGCCCAAGCUGCAGAACAUCUCCCUGCACCACAACCAGCUGCAGGCACUGCCUCAGGGCCUCUUCAGGGCCACCCCGGGGCUGCGGCACCUGCAACUGCACUCCAACGCCCUGGAGUACCUGCCUGCCGGCAUCUUCUCCCCCCUGGCCGCCCUGCGGGAGGUGAAGCUGCACAACAACUCCUGGCGCUGCGACGAGGGUAUCCUGCCGCUGCGGGGCUGGCUGGAGGACAACCCCCACAAGGUGGGCGAGACACCCCCCCUCUGUGGGCCACCCCGGGGCUGCGGCACCUGCAACUGCACUCCAACGCCCUGGAUCUCCCCGCGGGAGGAGGAGAUGGAGGAAGAGGAGGAGGAGAGGGGGCGGUGGGGGCUGACGCGCAUGCAGAGUGGGGUGGUGGUGGCGGUCAUUGUGCUGGUGUGCGUGGCCCUGCUCGCUGCUCUCGUGGCACUGGUGGUCUAUGGCUAUUUCUGCCCUGCCAAGGCAGGGGAUGAGGCUCGGCUCCUUCUCCAGUACAGGUUGGUGGUCUAUGUCCUGCUGGGGCUGGGGUCCCUGCUGGUGGGGGGGCUGCCCCUGCCCUGCCCCCCCGCCUGCCAGUGCUACGACACCUCCAAAGUCUUCUGCUCGGAGGAGAGGAUGCGGGAGAUCCCGGCAGGCCUGCCAGGGAACGCCACCCAGCUCUUCUUCGUGGAGACGGCCCUGAGCAGCAUCCGCAGCGGGGCCCUGGGCUCCAGCACCACCCUCACCAAGCUGGUCUUCCUCAACAACGACAUCGAGGAUCUGGAGGCCGGUGCCUUUCGGGAGCUGCCCAGCCUCACCGAGCUGGAGGUGUCGGGCAACCCCUUGCCUGCGGUCAGCCCGGGGGUGCUGGUGGGGCUGCCCAGCCUCAGCAAGCUCUCUCUGGGUGCCAACGCCAUCCGCUCCCUGCCGCUGGGGUUCUUUGCCGCCGCCUGCCGCCUGCAGGACCUGCGCUUGCCAGGAAACAAGAUCGAGGCGCUGCCCCCCAGCAUCUUCCGCCCACUCCGGCGCCUCCAGACCCUGGACCUCUCACAGAACGUCCUGGCCGAGCUGCCAGCCGGGCUGCUGGCCCCCCUUGCUGCCCUCCGCCUCCUCAAGCUCAGCGACAACCUGCUGUCGCGGGUGCCCCCCGGUGCUUUCAGGGCACUGGGCCAGCUGGCCGAGCUCCACCUGGAUGGUAACCGGCUGGAGGAGCUGCCGGCUGGUACCUUCGCUGGGCUGGGGGGGCUGCGGCGGCUGCAGCUGCAGCACAACGCCCUGGGCAGCCUGGCCCCCGACAUCUUCGCUGGUCUCCCCAACCUCACUGUCCUCAGCCUGGAGGGCAACCGCCUGGCCACCCUGCCUGCUGCCCUCCUUGCCAGCACCCCUCACCUCCUCCACCUCUCGCUGGCCCGCAACCGGCUGGAGACGCUGCCCCAGGGACUUUUUGCCAACCUGUCGGCGCUGCAGACCCUGGCGCUCUCGCACAACGCCAUGGUCCAUCUCCCCGCCGGGGUUUUCCAGGGGCUGGCGGAGCUGGUGGCGCUGCAGCUGAGCCACAACAACCUCUCCAGCCUGCCGGCUCGGCUGCUGGCCGGGCUGCCCCUCCUGACCUCCCUGGCGCUGGACCACAACCACCUGGACCACCUGCCCCCGGGGCUCUUCGAUGCCAACGAGGAGCUGGGGAGCGUGGGGCUGGCUGACAACCCCUGGGCCUGCGACUGCCGCCUGGCCUAUCUCCUGGGCUGGCUGCAGGGCUUUGAUGAACCCCUCACCCACGUGCAAGCCUCCUGCACCAGCCCGGCCGCCCUCCAGGGACGGUCCCUGCUGGAGGUCUCCAAGGUGCGGUUGGAGUGCCCAGGAGAUCCCAGCAUCCCCCCGGAGGAGGGCUGGGAUGGGGUGCCGGGGGAAGAUGCUCCAGGGCAGUGUACCUACAGCAACCUCGAGGGCACCAUAAGCAUGGCCUGUGAUGCCACGAGCUGCCAGCGGCUCAGCCUUCACCUCCUUCCUCUUCCUCCUCCCGGGCAGGUGGUGGGGCCGGGGCUGACGUACCAGGGCGCCUGGGUGCUGCGCUCCCGCUGCGGCACACUGCAGGUCAGCGUCCUCGUCACGGUGCAGAGCGGGGAUGAGGCCAUGACAAUGUACCAGCAUUUCCUUUUCCUUUUCUUCCUCUCCUUCCAUUCCCAUAAAUGCCAAGAUCAAAUCCUGGGUGAAGAUCUGUAUGAAAUGCCUGAAGACUACCAGGAGGUCUACAGAGGGGCAAAAAAUGACGUCAAAGAGAUCCCAAAGGUUGCAAAGCCCUUAAUUUCUGAGAUGAUCUUUGUGCAAACCAGCAUCACUGCUAUAAGGAAAGGUGCCUUCAGGUACAUGCCCAACCUGACGAAGAUUUUGUUUAUUGGCAACAAGAUCAAGACAGUUGAACCUGGAGCCUUUGAUAGUUUGGAGAAGCUGAAGGACUUGGAGAUAUCUGGUGCCUCCUUAGAAGAACUAGCUGUGGGCACUUUCCAAAACCUCCCAAGCCUGAAGAGGCUGGAGCUGAGAGAGAGCCACCUCAAAUACAUCCCCAAAGGCUUGUUUGAUGGGCUGGAAAAUUUGGAAGAGCUCUCGCUGUACAUCAAUGCAAUUCCUUCUCUUCCAGAAGGUGUUUUUGAUUCUCUUGUCAAUCUAACGUUUUUGGACCUGGCUAGAAACAGGAUCACAACUCUUCCUGGGGAUGCCUUUAGCAAACUGCCCCGGCUGCAAGUCCUCCGGCUGUAUGAGAAUGAAUUGCAGGACCUCCCAGAGGGGCUGCUAGACAGUCAGCUGGGGCUGCUGGAGCUCAGCCUCCAGAGGAACAGGCUCAGGGCACUGCCACCCAUGCUCCUGAGGAGCCUGUCUCACCUGGAGAAACUCCUCUUGGACAACAACCUCAUUGGGGUUCUCCCACCUCAGGGUUUUUUUGGUUUAAACAAAUUGAAGCUGCUGACUCUGGGUUCAAACCACAUUACAGAGCUCCCGUGCUGCCUUUUUGACACCAUGCCACACCUGCGGGAGCUGGACCUGGGCAGGAACAGUCUGGCCACACUUCCAGAUGGCAUCUUUGUCAACCUCACAUCUCUUGGCAAACUAAUCUUGUCCCACAACCAGCUAGCAGCCCUACCAAGAGGAGCUUUCACUGGGCUCAGCAAGCUCUCGGACCUCCAGCUGGACACAAAUCAGCUCUCUGCUCUGGAUGAUGAGGUCUUUGCUUCUCUGCCAAAUCUGAAAACCCUCAACCUUCAGAAGAACCAGCUGGAGAGUGUCCCCCGAGGUCUCCUGGACCCCCUGAAGAAGCUCAGCUCGGUGUAUCUGAGUGGGAACCCAUGGAGAUGUGACUGCAGCCUCUGCUACCUGCGCAGCUGGAUCCUGAGCAACAGUGAGAAGGGCAAGCAGUGA